UCUCCCAUUCUCCGUUAACUCUCCUCCGUUAGUGCUCAAAUAUUCACUUUUCACCUCCUGGUUUCUCUCUCCUUUACUCCUCCCGCUCAAAAUUCCUCCCGCUCGCGACUUCCUCUUUCUUCCUCCCCGACUUCCUCUUCCUUCCUCCCCGACUUCGCAUCCUUUGGUCGUGAACCCGCCGCGCCUACACCGGUUGCCUCCGCCGUCCCCUUCUAGAAAACCCAUUUGCUCUCUCUCUCUUUCCUCCGCGAAGCGCGGCUCUUUUUGUGGACCGCGCCUCUGCCUCCGCCGGUUUCCUCCGUCGUCGCCUCCCGGAGCCCAUCGGUGGCUCAGAUCCUGACCACGCGGCCGCCUCCGCCUACGCCGUCGCCGUCUCCUCCAAAGCCCUCCAUUGGCGAUUCGUCCUCUGCCACUCUCUCUAUCCCGAGAAAUGGCUCCGCUCUGCUCUCUGUGACGAACCGCGCCUCUGCCGUCGCCUCCCGCAGCCCCUUUGGAGAUCUCGGGCUCCGACUCGCCCUCUGCGUUACCUCCCGAAGCCCCAUUCUCAGGUUAGGGUUUUGUAUGACUUGAAAUUCCCAUCGUUUUUGCCCUAACGUGAAGAUUGGUGGCUCAGAUCUCGACCACGCGGCCGCCUCCGCCUACGCCGUCGCCUCCGAAGCCCCCCAUUGGCGAUUCGUCCUCUGCCCCUCUCUCUUUGUCCCGAGAAACGGCUUUGUUCGGCUCUCUAUAACGAACCGCGCCACCAACAGUUUGGUUUCGUGAUCAAUGAGCGGCCGAGGAUCAAUAAGAACAAGCACAAGGAUCUCCUGCAUGCAUUGAAAUAUUGCUUGAAGUCUGAUGAUGCGAUUCACUAUGCACAAUAUGAGGGAACUUCAUAGUCUCUCAUCACCUCAGUUAUUUUGCACUUGUAAAGAUAUCAAAUGGCUGACUUAGAGCAUGAAACUUCCCAUCUUGCACAUGUGAUGCGUGAUAUGGACAAAGAUUUUGAGUUUGUAGUAGGGAUGGUUUUCUCAAAUGAACUUGAAGCAUAUCAUAAGUAUGUGGCUUAUGCAAUCAGCAAAGGAUUUGGAGUGAGAAAAGGUAAUGCGGUUAAAAAUAGAAAGGGUGAAAUAACCCGGCGAACUUUUUUGUGUAAUUGUGAGGGGCAUUCGGUUGGGUCAUCUGAUCAAGAAAAGAAAUAUGAGAGAUUUGAAGUUAGAUGUGGGUGUCUUGCUCAUAUCAAAUUUAAGGUUGAUAAGGGUGUCUAUGAAGUCAUGGACUAUGUUUCUGAGCAUAAUCAUGCAUUUGUACGGGAAGAUCAAAAGCAUUUGAUUAGAUGUGGAAGAAUGAUAUCUGACACGUGCAAGGGUGUUUUGGUUGAUAUGAUUAAAGCAGGCAUUGGGGGGACUUCGGCAUAUAAAUUUUUAGCAAACGAAGCUGGAGGAAGCAAAAACUUAGGUUUCAUCCUGCGUGAUUGUCAAAAUUUUUUGCAAACGGAAAAAUCCAAGGUUAUAAGUGGCGGAGAUUGUCAAAGUCUUUUGAACCAUUUUCAUUGCAUGCAAAUGCAAAACCCAAUGUUUUUCUAUGCUGUUCAAGUAGAUCAAGAUGGUAGAUUGACCAAUUUAUUUUGGAGAGAUAGCUUGUCCAAAUUUGAUUAUGACUGUUUUGGUGAUGUGCUAGUGUUUGAUACCACAUACCGUACCAACAAAUAUAACAUGAUAUGUGCACCUUUUGUUGGGGUUAAUCACCAUUGGAAGAAUACUCUGUUUGGUUGUGCAUUUUUGCUGGACGAGACUGCAGAAUCAUUUAUUUGGUUAUUUGAUGUGUUUUUGAAGUCUAUGGGAAAUAAGGCUCCGAAAACCAUAUUCACUGAUCAAGACCAAGCCAUGGCAAAAGCCAUUAGAAUGGUGUUUCCAAAUACACAGCAUCGUUUAUGCACUUGGCACAUCGGGAAAAAUGCCAAUCAAAACAUUCCACAUCUUUACCAUAAGCCAGGUUUUAAGGAUAAAUAUUUCUUAGUGCUUAUGUAUAGAUGCAAAUCAGAGGACGAAUUUGAAGCUACAUGGAGGGAAAUGGAAGAGGUGUGGGGUACUAAAAAUAACAAUUGGCUUCGGAGAUUAUAUGACCUUAGACAUAAAUGGAGUUCAGCUUUUGGUCGUGACUCUUUUACAUGUGGUAUAAGGUCAAGUCAAAGGAGUGAGAGCACCAAUAAUGUCUUCCAACAUAUGUCGACGAAGACAUUGUCUCUUGUAGAAUUUGUCCACCAUUAUGAAGAACAAUUGAAACAUAUGAGAGAAGUUGAAAGUCAAGAUGAUUAUAGUUCUCGUGGGACAGCCAAAUCGCAGGUUAAAAAUAAUGGGAUCUUGUCACAUGCUGCUUCGGUAUAUACCCGUACCAUUUUUCUAAAGUUUAAUGAAGAAUUUGUGCAAAGUCUCUCUGAACAUAUUUCAAGUACUACAUCUGAUGGAUCGGUUUCUUUAUAUACUCUCAAGUGUAUGGGGAUUGGGAUUCAAGGUGAAUAUGUUGUUAGAUUUGACCCUGCAGACUUAUCAGUUUCUUGUGAAUGCAAAUUAUUUGAAUCAAAAGGGUGGUUGUGUCGCCAUGCCUUACGCGUGUUGAAUGUGAACAUGUCGAUGGUUACGGUAAUUCCUUCUUCCUAUAUUUUGAAAAGAUGGACUAAGGAUGCCAAAGAAGGGAUUGUCAAUGAUGAAUCCCAUCAAAUGUCACCGGGUCCAUCUAAAUUUAAUCGAUUUUCCACGUUAAUGCAUGAAUCCAUUGAACUGAUGAGUUUGGGAGCUGAAGAUGUACAUACUAUGAGAAUAUUGAGGAAGCACAUGGUUAAAGCAAAGGCUGAAAUUUCAUCAUACAAAUCAAGUAUGGUUGUGACUGAUGAUGCUGGUGAUGAUGAGUAUAAUGAGGCUUCUUUGUGCGAUAUUUCGGUAGCGGACCCCAUUCGAAGGAAACGAAAGGGACUAAGUUACGGAAGGCUUAAAAGCUCCAGUGAGAAAAAGAAGAAAACAUCUAAGAAAGGAACUCCCCCAACGCAAAUAGAAAGUCAAGAGUUGGUUGUCCAAGCGACGCAUAAUGAAACUCAGUUCCUAGAUUAUUCGAGUAAUUCAAAUCAGUUUCGAAGUGCCGUUUAUCCUAGCAACAUUGGUGGUCCUACUGUAAAUCUAAAUUUUCAUAAUCAGCAGCCACCAUUCAUCAUGCCGUCCGGGAUUAUGAGUGGAUUUUGCCCAGUCCCUAGUCGGAUGCAAUCACCAUACAUCAUGCCGCCGAGGAGUGGAUUUUCCCCAUUCACUAGUCAGAUGUUGGAGUACCAUAAUCAAUCCCACGGAACCAUUUUGAGCCAGGGGUCAUCAAACUCUUGUCAGCAUCCUAGGAUGAAUGAAUCCGAAGCCCCCUUUGAAAGCAUAGACAAUGCACGGUCGCAACACAAAUAGUCGGGAGGAACCCUCGUAAUAAGUCUCUUCACCAAAUAAAAUAUUUUUUGCGUCCUUCUCUGAUAAGGUAACUAUUGUAGUAUGAGUUCACUGUGACUUGGGAUUUGCAUCUGUGCCUUUUAUAUGAAAAGAUUUUCCUUUGUAUUUCCUUGGUUGUUACUUGGAAGAAAUGUUUUUAUAUUUCCAAUUUUGUUAGUUGGGCUAUAAAUCCAGUAGGAACCAAGUUCGAUAUUCAUUUGACGUGAUGUAGUGAUUAACUAGGGCAUAGUUUCAAUAGACAUUAGAAAAGGAUUGUUAGAGUAGUAAAGAUUUAGUUCUAUGUAAGUUAUGAUCUUAUCAAACUUGCUUAGAGCUUCACCCAUAUGCAGAGAUUCAUUCUUCUUCAGAGUAUUCACUAUGUUCUCUCAUUUUCUGCAGUUAUGGGUAUUCCAAAGAAAGAUUUGUUUGGGCUCUGAUAUCUGUUGUUGGCAUUUUUUUGUCUUGGGUCUGGUGCUACAAUUGUUAAUGGAAUUCGAAGCUUGUGGAUUGCACACGUAAUCUUCUUUUUUUGUCUUAUCCUUUACCGUUCUUCUAAAGUUUUAGCCAGUUCAUAAAAUGGGCAAAGUUGUUCUUGAUAUAUAAGGUCAUUGUCUUCUUUAGCGUUCAGAAAAUAUCCAAUAUGCAGCUUCAGUGAUCGGAGGCUCAUUCAUGAUCGAAGGUAUUUCGACUUACCAUUUGUUUUGGGCUGCUACUUAUAAUGAAAUCAUUGGUAUUUUGACUUACCAUUUAGUAAUCGGAGGCUCAUUCACCUAUAAUAUUUGUUCAGUGAUGUGCAGAUCAAGAGUGAUUUGAACCUGUCAACUGGUGUGAAGUGUUAGUGUGAAGUUUCAAGAAUGAUCUGAAGGAACAAGUUUGUAUGGCGUCGUCUCACAAUUUAGUAUUUGGGUCCAGAAUGCAUGAACCCAUGCAUUUAUUGAAGAUGAUUGGGACCUAGUGAGAAGCCAGCAGCAGCACCACCAGCUACAGCACCUGCAGCUGAGUUAGUAUAUGCAACAAAAUGGGCAGAUUUCUCUUUAUCCAUAGUUGGAUUUAUCUUAUAGAAUUUUAUUGGG